AUGGAAACAAAUCACGACCAUGAGCUUCCACUCUUACAAGGACAGGCCAAUGGUGCAUCCAACAAUACCAAUGCUACCAACACCAACAAUAGUGUUGGCGAGGAUGAUUUGAUUGAGUCUGAGCUUGGGUCUGAGAUUGACCAUGUCAUAGGAGCAGUUGUUGACUCCGAAGAAAAGAAGAAAGAGAAGCAACGUGAGCACACAAAACAGCAUGACAGAAAGCGGAAAAAAGAAAACAUAACAGCAUCUACAGGUCUAUGCAUUUUGAUUCUAAUCCCUACCAAGAGCACCAAGCCUAUGACGAUAGACCCUUCUACGCAUUACGGACGCUUGUUCAACCAGGAAUAUCACGACAAUAUUGAUUUCCAAAAUAACUUCUUUCCAACGGUUAUUGGUUGUUUGGACAAGAUUCCCCUUAUCAAUGUAGACAAUAUCACUCAACUUCCUGGAAACAACGAUGUUCCGAGCUAUGUGUUUUCAAGUGGUCUCUACUUGGUUCUGGGAGCUGUAUUGAUAAAACGCCUUGGAGCAAAGCGUGUUGCUUUUUCAUUCUAUACGGUAUAUCAUGGUCUUGCCGAUCGAAUCAACAGUGUGUUUUCAUCAUUGCGAACCAAUGAUCAUGUUAAAUUUUUUCCAUCAUUGGAGUGACAAGAAUUAAUCAACAACCGAAGAAAAUGCGAUAAUCUCUUGUCAAGUUUCAGACUUCCACGAUAUUAUUUCACAUUUCAAGUUCAAGCAACUACUGACUCGUGGAGAAACUGGUUUAUCACAAUCCGCAAUGGGACCAGCAUGGUGUUUGCAACCACGUUGCAGCUUAGGAAGGUACCAUUGAUUAUGCUGGGAAGACCAAUAGACAUUGAAAUAGAAAGGACAUUUCUCGUCGUCGCCUUUGAUGGG